AUGUUCAUUAGCAGUAUGGGAUUUUUCUCCUCUGGAAGUAGCGGCAAAUAUUUGUCUGUGAAAGUCAGUACUAUGGAUGCUGAUCUAGAAAAAAUCAGUGUUGAACCAGAUUGCAGUGGACGACAUUUGUUUGAUACUGUAUGCAGGAUUAUCGGUCUGCGAGAAAUCUGGUUUUUUGGCUUGCAGUUUGUCAACAGAAAAGGAAUACCAUGCUGGUUACAAAUGGAUAAAAAAAUAAAUAAGCAAGAAGUGCCAAAGCAAGAAGAUGGUUCAAUUCAUUUCAUUUUUUUGGUUAAAUUCUAUCCUGAAGAUGUCGAAGAAGAGCUCAUACAAGAUAUAACGCGUCACCUUUUCUUUCUACAGAUCAAGCAAAGUAUUAUAAGCAUGCAGUUAUAUUGCUCUGCGGAAGCAUCUGUACUUUUAGCUUCGUAUGCUGUACAGGCAAUACAGGGUGACUGUACAGAAUGUUCAGAGUUGAAAUUAAGUGAGUUCUUGCCAGAAUGUGUAAUCAAACAAUAUGAUAUGACACCUCAGAUGUGGGAAGAACGAAUUAAGCGCUGGUGGAUUAAUAAUAGUGGGCAAAGCAGGGAAGAUGCAGAAAUGGAGUAUUUACGUGUUGCACAAGAUUUAGAAAUGUAUGGAAUUCAAUAUUAUCCCAUAUGCAACAGCAAAGAAACAGAUCUAACUCUUGGUGUGUCAGCACAAGGUAUUGGAAUAUAUAAAGAAAGUAAUCGAAUUACACCAAGACCAUUUUUUUCCUGGAGUGAAAUUAAAAACAUAUCAUUCAAGAACAAAGUAUUCAGCAUGAGAACAAUGGAUAAAAGUACGAUUACAUUUCGUGCGAAAGAUAUGUCAAUCAAUAUGAGUAUAUUAGAUCUUUGUGUUGGAACUCAUAAUUUGUACUUAAGAAGACGUCAGCCAGAUUUACUAGAGGUUCAACAAAUGAAAGCGCAGGCGAAGGAGCAGAGAAUUAGAAGAAUUAUAGCUCUACUUGUUUCGAUAUCGAUGCAUCAGUUAAUUUUGCAGCAAGAACAAAACCGCAUGUCCCGAGAAAAGGAGCAGAGGAUCCAGGCAGAAGCGGAAAGAGAUCAAUAUAAAAAUGAGGUAGCUGCAAUUAGUGAACAGCUCCAUAAUGUGAAGGAGGCUAUGAAGAAAACGCAAGAAAAUGCUCAUUUAAUGGCAGAAAAAGCACGUGUGUCUGAAGAAGAAGCUCUUGUGCUAUCAAAAAGAGCUAGCGAAGCCGAAGCAGAAUGUCAGCGAAUGAAACUCUCACAAAUUAAAGCAGAGGAGACGAAAAUGUCUUUGGAGAGGAAAGCACGUAAUGCGGAACUUUGGGCCCAUCGUCUUAUGCAUGAAACUGAACGUCACAAUUACAAUCAAUAUUUUUGCCGUGCACAUUUGUGUGAUUCAGAGCCAAGUUGGCCUCAGGAUUGUUUGUCAGCUUAUGCUGUGCCAGUUUCACAGCCUUCCAGUCAUCAACGUUUGAUUUCAUUGUCAAGCAAUGGUGACGCUGGUUAUGUGCAGUAUGUAGAUGAUGAAUUAAACUUUAGUGCUUCUGUUACUCCGACUGUUAAAACGCAACCGUUUUUGAGGAAGCAAACGACACUGAAUUUUCCACCGCCAGAUCCAUCUAGCAAUCAGAUAAUCCCGAACGACUUGUUGUCGUUACGGACGGAAAUUGAAAAGUCCAGAGCAGAUUACAAUGAAAAGAAGAAGAGCCUACAGGAGAAGAUGAACGAAUUUCGAGAUGAAAUGGAAAUUUUAAAAGUAGAAAAUCGUCAGUCAGAACAUGAUCGAAUUCAUAUUGCUAAUAUACAAAUGGGGAUGGAUAAAUACUCUACUCUAAGAAAAGUUAUUUUUAUAUUUACGGGAUUUAAUAAGCCCAUUUAA